UGAUCCCUUUUACCUUGACAUCAACAUUAUGUAUAACCUGAAUAAUUGUUGCUGGGAGAAGAGAAUGGUUUGGGUUUCUUUUCAAUCUUUGUUUUGUUUAGUAUUGAAAUCUAGAUGUAAAUUUUUUGGGAAGAUAAAAUGUUACAUUUCAGAUUGAUUCUGAAGCCAAUGAUAUGUUGUCAUUUUCCUAUCAAAUAGCUUUUCUCUGAGGUUUUGGAAAGAGGGCAGAGAUUUAAUAGCAUUAAGUAAUUGUAUCCAACUAAUCUAGCUAUUAAGGAAGAACAUUUUUAAGCAUAACACAAAUUUGCUAAUUGCCUCCCCCUCCCAAGAGUUGCAUGUCCCUAAAAACAUCCCAGAGGGUUUUUCUGGCGAGAAGAAAAAAAGUUAGCUACCCUGGAAUGUAUAGAAAUGCUUUUCUUCAGGCAUGUUUACGUCAGAGAAGAGAGAAAGAGCUGUAUUAAGAAGCUAGUCCCAUUUCUUCAAUGGUCUACCAAAUGCCUUCAAGCAGGAUCAAGAAGCUUCUCUGUGUGCCCAGCAUUGUUUGAAUAACUUACUGCAAGGGGAGUAUUUCAGUCCUGUGGAACUGUCUUCUAUUGCACAGCAGUUAGAUGAAGAAGAGAGAAUAAGAAUGGCAGAGGGUGGAGUUUCUAGUGAAGAAUAUAGAACAUUUUUACAGCAACCUUCAGGAAACAUGGAUGAUAGUGGUUUCUUCUCAAUUCAAGUUAUAAGCAAUGCCUUGAAAGUUUGGGGUUUAGAACUAAUCCUCUUCAACAGCCCAGAGUAUCAGAGGCUCGGGAUCGAACCUAUAAAUGAAAGAUCUUUUAUUUGUAACUAUAAAGAGCACUGGUUUACAGUUCGAAAAUUAGGGAAACAGUGGUUCAAUUUGAACUCUCUUUUGACCGGUCCAGAACUAAUAUCUGAUACUUACCUUGCACUUUUUCUGGCUCAGCUACAACAGGAAGGUUAUUCAAUAUUUGUUGUAAAAGGUGACUUACCUGAUUGUGAAGCUGAUCAAUUACUGCAAAUGAUUCGGGUGCAGCAAAUGCAAAGGCCAAAAUUAAUUGGGGAAGAGACACUGCAAUCAAAAGAUCAGAGGGUGCAAAAAACAGACUUAGAACAAGCACUAGAUGUUAACCAGUCCUUUGAUAAUACCAAUAUGUUAGAUGAAGAUGAAGAAAAUUUCCAAAAAGCACUUGCACUCAGCAGACAGGAAAUUGAUAUGGAGGAUGAAGAAGCAGAUCUCCGGAGGGCUAUUCAACUUAGUAUGCAAGGAGAACAUCGAAGUGGCUUCUCAGAUUGUUGCACACAGAACAUUCCACACUCAUCUGCAACAGGCCAAACUGAAUCUCUCCCAUCAGAAGAGUUGCGGCGUCGAAGACAGGCCUAUUUUGAAAAACAGCAGCAGCAGAUGCAAAAGCAAGUUCAGAUUCCACAAUUCCAUGGUGAAGCAGCUACAAAUUCACACGCACUAGUUAAUGACACAGGUGGUGAUAUGAGUGAAAAUGAUAUGCUUCAAGCCGCCAUGAAUAUGUCCUUGGAAACUGUUACAAACAGCUUGAAUACAGAGGAGAAGAAAUGACAAAUACUUAUAUUUAUUCUAAUCUGAACGCUACAUUCUGUAUUAAUUCUGUGUGGGUGGCAUAAAGGUAGGGUUCAUUUCAUUGAUGUACCAAAGCAAGAUACAGUUGUGAGAUUUCAGACUGAGGGUCAGAAUUUUAAAAAAAACAAUUUGGUUAUUAUACAAUAAAAUCUCAUUAGUUUAUGGUUAUACUGUUGACCUUCUGGGUGAUUUCUAUUCAGUCAGAAGAACAGUGAGAAAAGGGGUAUUAAUAUACAAUACAAUCUCAUGCAAUAUGUUUCUGAUCCAUAGAUGUUCAGGUUGAGUUUACGGGAUCUGCCGAUCUUUGUAAGGGGAGCAGCUCUUUCAGUUGUGAUGGCUUAUUCUUGCAGGAUGUAUUCUUAACAGGAAGAUCAAGCAUCACCUGAUUGUAGAGCAAGGCCUUGGAAUUUUGCUAAACAAGAUUAUGUGAAAUCUAAAAAUUUGUAGUUUCACAUAUCUGCUCAAAGGCAUUCUAAGUAUCAUGUUUACAGUGCACUUCUAAGAUUCCAGAUUAACGGACUGAAUAUAAAAAAAUCAUUUUUCAUUUUGAGAAAUAUUUGAAUUACAUGCAUUAAUUACUGUAAAUCAGCUUAUUUCCAGAGUUUAAUCAGUUAACAUUUUGACUAAGAAUAGCAAGAGAUUUGCAGACCAUCAAGCCUAUUUUGGAAGACUGUGCAAGAGUAUUACAAUCAUCAUCAUAAAAUGGAACAUCCUACUUUUAUUCUCCUGCUCCUCCAGAUCUGCCUCCACGCAUUCCAAUCUUCCAAAGCUGAUUUGAUGGGCACACAGGAGGAACCCGCUCCAAUAGCAGAGUCAAGACUUACUUCUUCCUUGUUUUACUCUAAAAAUGCCUUUAGUAUUUUUUUACUAAAUCUUGGGUCAAUACUGGCUAUGAUGCACUGAUCUAGUAUAUAUAUUCAGCCAACACCUAGAAUCCGAUUAACUGAAGUCAGAAGUGUUGGAUAUAGUUGAUAAAUGUUAUUAUAAUUCUUAUUUCAGUUGGUAUUAAUAUUUUAUCUUCUGUUAGAUAUUUCUGUAAGUAUUAAUACUAUCAAGUUGGACUUAAGUUACCUUGUACUGAAUCAGCUUAUUGGUCCACUUAAGUUAGAAUUAUCUACUCUGGCAGUGAUUCUCCAGUCUCAAGCAAGAAUCUGCUACCUGAAUUGCUUUUAAUGGAGGAUAAUUAGAAUUAAACCGGGAUUUCCUACAUGUGUAUCAUGUACUCUGCCAUUGAGCUAUAGUCUUUCCAAGAUUCCAUAUUAAUUUUGAAGUGAGGAAGUUAAAAAAGAUUUUGAUGCCAUGAUUUCCGUGCCACAUUAUUAAUAUGCAUUAGUAAAAUCUGAAAUGAACCCUGCACAGUUACUUAUGUGUUAAAAAUGGAUAUACAUAAAUGAAUGUGUAUGAGUAUGUAUUUUAUCAGAUGUUAAUGAAUGUCUUCUUGCAACAUAUUUGCGGCUUUUCAUGAAUGGUCUUCAUUCAUGCACCUUACUGUUUAUUCAAGGGAAACUGGGCAGCAAAUUCUGUCAGCUACUUUUAUUCUGAAAGUCAAAUGUUACAUAACAAAUAUUGCAGGAUGACUGAAUUUCGCAUUUUGUAUUAAAAUAGUUUUUUUUU